UUUCCGUUCUCUUUUCCUUCCCUUUUACCAAACGGAGUGUGAAUCAUUUAUCCUUUUACUCAUCUUCGAAAGUUUAGCAACUUGUGAGAAAAUUUAAAAUCCCCAAAUGAAAAUCGCAAUUCUCUCUGUGCGUGGAAUUCUGGUUUCGCAUUGCUUUGCUCAGUACUGAAGAGUAGACUGAUAAGCUCGAAUUUCCCCAACUAGCAAAAAAAAAAAAAGCUCGAAUUUCCCCCAAAAAUGUCGGCAAGAAAAUCAGGCGAAACACAACCUGACGAUGCCUCCUCUGUGCCAGUCUUACAGCCUGUCAAAAUCCACAAAUCUGCCGAAGAUAACGACAAGAAGAGUGCAAACAAGAGACUUAAAGAUGCUGAAGUUUGUGUUCCAAUUGUAUAUGGAACAAUCGCGUUCUAUCUAGGCAGAAAGGCCAGUGAGUCCCAAUCUCAUAAGUGGACGGUUUACGUGCGUGGGGCGACAAACGAGGAUCUCGGGGUGGUGAUAAAGCGAGUUGUGUUUCAGUUGCACCCCAGUUUCAAUAAUCCUACCAGGGUCCUUGAAUCGGCACCAUUUGAGCUGACGGAAUGUGGUUGGGGCGAAUUUGAAAUUGGCAUCAGUCUGUUUUUCCACAGUGAAAUCUGUGAUAAACAAGUGGACUUGUUUCACCAUCUGAAAUUAUAUCCUGAGGAUGAAUCUGGACCCCAGUCAACUAAGAAACCUGUUGUUGUGGAAUCCUACAAUGAGAUUGUUUUUCCCGAUCCUUCAGAAGCACUUUUGGCCCGCGUGCAGAAUCAUCCCUCUCUUGUCCUGCCUCGUUUGCCUGCUGGUUUUACAUUGCCUAGCCCUGUAACAACAGAAAAUCCUAAUGAAAAAGAAAGAGGAGAUACCAAGGAUCACCCACUUACUCAGUGGUUCAUGAACUUCUCAGAGGCAGAUGAGCUAUUAAAACUUGCAGCUGCUCGUCAACAGGUGCAAAUUCAUAUUGUUAAGCUGAAAAGACAGUUGAGCGUGAUGGAUGGGCUGCCUCAGCUGUCAAAACCACCUUCUGGUUAUGAAUGAAAGUACAUGAACAUUGUAGAACAAUAUUCCAAGUUUUCUGACCAGUGUAAAUCAUGAAUGUUCGUGCUAAUGAUUCUUAGAUGAGAUCACACAUGUUAGCUUAGGUUUGGAACUAUCCAUUUUGGCCAAUGGCCAUAUUUAUUUUCUUUUGGUGUCGCUUUUAGAGCUAAGUGCAGAUUAGUGUAUGAGCAACAACUGUUAAUUAUGUGUAUGACAUCAACCUCUCUUAUAUGUGCA